GUCUCUUGUUGCCACGUGUAGGCGUGUGAGAGGCAGAGGAGCUGUGUGUUCCUUCUUCGUCUCUCUCUCUCUCUCUCUCUGCACAACGAAUAUGGCGAGCAAGGAUCCGAAUCGCGAGCAACCUCCUCCUCUGAGUAUCGAAAUCAAAGCCACUCAGGAUCAAUUCUUCGGCUUUUAUAGGGGAAUUGCUCCUGGAGUCACUGGAUCUCUAGCCACUGGAGCAACUUACUUUGGUGUUAUUGAGUCCACAAAGAAAUGGAUUGAAGAGUCUCAUCCCAACUUAGGCGGGCACUUGGUACACUUUAUUGCAGGAGCUAUUGGUAUGUUAUCUACUCUCCUCUCUCGUUCAUCUGAUCAAUAAGUUGGUGGUAAAAGAUAGGAGGAAAACGUAUGUUCACUCAUGUAGAAGCUGACUUUGAAUGCCAGUAAAUCAGACAUUUCAAUGUUAUGUGAUGAUUUGAACUAUGGAUAUCGUGGGUCUGUUAAAGAUAAGAUUCAGGUUUUGAGCAAAACCGCACAAGGGAAAAAGGUUACAAAAAUUGCUGAAGGCAUAUGAAGCAGCAUCAAAAGUUGUCAGUUCUGCAGCUGCAACAUGCCUAACCCGCUGAGCAAGACGUCUCCUCCUAUAUACCCCCACCAAGCGCAGAAUCAGGAUCAUUGCAAUAGCACCGUACUCAAACACCGUCACUAUUCUGAAUCCUCCCGUACAAAAUGGAGAACAUCAGUCUUAGAAAAACAGGGUUUGGUACGUUCUUUUAUGUUCCUUUAGAAACUUGUAUGUUUUUGUAAGUACUAGUAUUCACAUGUCUUAGAAACUUGUAUAAAUGAAACUAGUAUUCACAAGUUCUCAAGUUAAUUCUUCCUUCUCAAUUUACUUCUUUCUUGAAAACAAGUUUGUUUAUUCUCAAGUUACUUCUUCCUUCUCAAGUUCAUUGUGGGUUAAUCAAGUUCUUACUCAAGUUCUUUCUUGAAAAUAAGUUUGUAAACAAGUUUCCUUCGAUGCUUCUUUCAAAUUAUUAAGUUUAUUUUACUAAUCUUUGUUUUUAUGUUUUUAUUUAAAAAUCUAUGUUUAAAAUGUUAUCUUUUACUAUGUUUUAUUUAAUCAAUAAAUUUUAAGUUUAAUAAAAAAUGUUUAAUUUUUUUUUAAGAACCCUUAAUUAAGAGAUUUGCAUUGGAGGACAUAAGACCAUGAUUAUCGGGGUCCUAAAGUUGGGUCCCAACCCAUUUUCGGCCCAAAAAUAAAUACAAAAUUGUGAUAAUGUUCCGGGACGGGCCUUAACCAAGGUUGAUUUUUGCUCGUCCUUCCUUGCCACCUGUCGAGUGGAGAUGAAGCAGAGAAGUCGUGUAGGGGAAACUCGACUUUCUCUUCCCAAAUCGAUCUCACCGUCUUCCGGUUCUCUCUCGACGGCGACGCAUGUGGCGAUAAAGUACACUGACGAUUUCAUCCCGAAUCUCUCCCGGAUCCCUCACGUGUCUAUCCGAGUCUGUCUCCAACCUCAUUCUCCGCCGAUUUCAAUCUAAAAGUGUCGACAUUGGAGCCUCAGAAAUGCCUCCUUUCAGUUCCCAAUAGUCUGAGGCUCCAUCCCAACCUCAGGACACACCUGUGGAGCGUAUGGUGAGAAGGAAAUGGACGCCGGGUGAUGACGAGGUUCUGAUUAGUGUGUGGCUAAACACAUCAAAGGACGCUGUUGUCGGAAAUGAACAGAAGUUAAGGACCUUCUGGAAACGCGUAGAUGAAUACUUUGCAACAACUCUUCAUGAGAACAUAGAGAAUGUUCAUUGUAAGCAGAGGUGGCACAGAAUCAAAGAUCAGACGAACAAGUUCUGUUCCGCAUUCGCAGUUGCAGAGAGACAAAUAACCAGCGGUCAGAGUGACAAUGAUGUUCUAAAGGUGGCUCAUGAAAUCUUCUACUCUGAACAAGGAUACAAGUUUACCCUCGAGCAUGCGUGGUGUGUCCUGCGAUAUGAACAAAAGUGGAUAAGCCUGAACACCCCUAAGACGGCCGGUUCAAAGAGAAAGAGUGGUGAGGUCAGUUCCCAACCUUCAAGCGCACAUGUCGGUGAGGUCAGUUCCCAAUCUUCAAUGCGUCCUGAAGGUAUCAAGGCUGCGAAAGCAAGCAUGAAUGGUAGUAAAGGAAAGGCUAUUGAGGACUAUAAGAGCAUUUUGAAGCUCAAGAUGGAAGAUUUAGCGAGGAAGGAGAAACUGUCGAAGCUAGCGAUAUUAGACACUCUCCUUGCUAAGAAGGAUCCACUAAGUGAGAGUGAAGAAACAGUCAAGAACAAGCUGUUGGCCGAACUCUUCUAGUUUUUCAAUUCUAAGUUUCUGUCUUGUGUAAUAUCUACUAAAAUGUUGCUUUUGUGUUGGUCUAAGUUUGUGUCUUGUGUUCUAUGUUUCAGUUUCUGUCUUGUGUUCUAUGUUCUUGUAUAUCUUGAUGUUAUGUGAUGUUAUGUUUGAUAUAAUGAUAACUCUGCUUGUUAUUUGACAUACAAAACUUACGUGUGCCGUUUUUA